CCUAGCUUGGGGGAGAUGGGGACACGACCCCCUCAGAGUCUCCUUCUUCUCCUCCUCUUCCUCCCGGCGCUGUCGCCACGGGGGGCCUCCGCGGGGAGCCUGCAUAGCCCAGGCCUAUCCGAGUGCUUCCAGGUGAACGGCGCCGACUACCGUGGCCACCAGAACCGCACGGGCCCUCGCGGGGCGGGCCGCCCUUGCCUCUUCUGGGACCAAACGCAGCAGCACAGCUACAGCAGCGCCAGAGACCCGCAGGGUCGCUGGGGGCUAGGAGCACACAACUUCUGCCGGAACCCAGACGGUGAUGUGCAGCCGUGGUGCUACGUGGCCGAGACGGAGGAGGGCAUCUAUUGGCGCUACUGCGACAUUCCCACAUGUCACAUGCCCGGGUACCUGGGCUGCUUCGUGGACUCAGGGGCACCCCCCGCCCUCAGCGGCCCCAGUGGCACCUCAACAAAGCUCACGGUCCAGGUGUGCCUUCGCUUCUGCCGCAUGAAGGGCUACCAGCUGGCGGGCGUGGAAGCUGGCUACGCCUGCUUCUGCGGCUCUGAGAGCGACCUGGCCUGGGGACGCCCAGCCCCGGCCACCGACUGUGACCAAAUCUGCUUCGGCCACCCGGGCCAGCUGUGCGGCGGCGAUGGGCGCCUGGGCGUCUACGAAGUGUCGGUGGGCUCCUGUCAAGGGAACUGGACCGCACCUCAGGGCGUCAUCUACUCCCCGGACUUCCCGGACGAGUACGGGCCAGACCAGAACUGCAGCUGGGCACUUGGUCCGCCGGGCGCCGCGCUGGAACUCACUUUCCGCCUCUUCGAGUUGGCUGACCCGCGAGACCGGUUGGAGCUGCGCGACGCGGCCUCCGGCAGCCUGCUCCGCGCCUUCGACGGCGCCCGCCCGCCGCCACCCGGGACUCUGCGCCUCAGCACCGCGGCGCUGCUGCUCACCUUCCGCAGCGACGCGCGUGGCCAUGCGCAGGGCUUCGCGCUCACCUACCGAGGUGUGCAGGACGCGGCGGAAAACCCGUUGCCUCCCAAGGGCUCUGUCCAGACCCCUGCAGCACUCCCCGACGGGACCAAUGUGAGCUGCAGCCCCCGGCCUGGGGUUCCGGAGGCCACAAUGGGGGCCCGAGUGUUCUCGACAGUGAUGGCCAUCUCAGUGUUGCUGCUGCUGCUGUUGCUGCUGUCGCUCCUGCGCCAACGGAGUUGUCUGCUGGUUCCAGGAAAAGGGCCCCCAGCGCUGAGGCUUUCCCAGGGCUCUGGGAGAAGCUGGGCUGUGUGGUACCGCCGUCCUGGAGGGGUGGCACUGCCCCGACCCCCUGGCGACUCCCAGGUGGAGGGUCUAGCCUCGAAUUACCGCCCGCUGAGCACCUCCAGCCAGAGUUCCCUGCGUUCGCUCAUCUCUGCUCUCUGACUCAAGAUCCCCAGGGUCCACUGGAUCCUCUGACAGUGGGAUGUACACCCGAGACUCUUAUGCUGCACUCUGCCUUGGCCUCCCACUUUUUAAAGGGCAGCUCUGCCGCUGGUCAUCUCUCAGAGACCAGGCAUCUGACAGGAAGCAUCUGGUACUGUUAUUGGGAACUUGACCUGACUCUAGGUGCCCAGAUGGUUGAGGCCAAAUGGCAAGAGGAAUCAGCUGCCCUCCGCAUAGAUUAUGAUACGGAGAUCUGAUUUCAGGGGUCUUUGGGCCCUUAUUUGGGUGGUCCUGGACUCUUGCCCUAACUCAAAUAUGAGAGGUCAAGAAAAGUGAGCAAAAGGCCAGUUGGACUUUAAAUAAAGGAGCUAUUUUGGAAUAGAGCUCUUCAAAUUCUUAAGUGGUGGGAAGUUAUGUUGAUAACACUGGAGCCAAGGGUUUGGAUAUGUCCAUGCAUAUUAAGGGUGUUACACACAGUUUCAGGAGCCGCCUGAAGUACAGAGGACUGAGGAAUUGCACAGGCGGACGACUGGGGCCCUCGGGAUCUGGGGGAAGGGGAGAAAAAGGCCAGGUUAAGCGGUAGAAGGGACGCUCUCCUGGGCCCGCCUCAGUACGAACCCAGGCAGGAACUGACCUUUCUUCCCUAUUUGCCCUCUCUCUUCCCCUCCAUUUCCUGGCUGUCCUGGGUGGAGCUGAAGAUACACUUUGUGGGAGAUAACAGGGGAAGAGUCUGGUCAAACUCAAGCUCAAAGAAGCCUGACCCAAGGGCUCCAGACAUUCAAGCACCCCCUUAGGAGCCUGGACAUCUCAGAGCGCUUUGCUGCGCUCCAGCGGAGUUUGGCUUGUGGAGAGAUUAUCCAUGGAGUGGGGGUGCUCCAGCUCUAGACCUGACCUGUCCGAGAACAUCCUGGGCUGACAGCACCUCGGACAGAGCCCGGGCCGCAGGGGGUGGUGCUGGGUGGUGAGGUGCAGGGGAGGGUGAGUG